UAUGAUGGCAGUUAUAUUCUGACUAGAUUGUGUGCUAACAUAUUUCUAAACUCUCUUAUUCUUAUUGUAUUUGCAAGAUCGAAUUACUUUCUUAACGACUCGUGGAUUCUUAACGAUUUUCGUACAUAUUUGCAUCAUUUAUAUAAUCGAGACAAGAACAUACAGUCGGAUUUUAGGUAAAGAAGAAAACCAUUAUAAUUUGAUAUUAUGAAGACGGAACACGAAUCUUCGAACAAUGAAAACUCUUCCAAAUCUGACGAAAAGUCAUCGUCUCCUUCCAUACCGGAACAUAAUAUUUUGGAGACACAGACUUCCUCAAAUAAAGAGGAUCAAGCUAGUGGCCAAGUAGCAGACAAUGAUGCAGACGCAAAUGUUAAGAAAUGUAAUCCACCUGAAACCGAAACAAUGAACUUACCUGAAUCGUCUACUACGAAAUCGAGCGCUACCGAAAUCGCGAAACCGAGUUCAUCAAAAUCCGCACUCGAGCUAAAGCCUCAAUCUUCUCUUCAAGAAGACAUUCAAACGAUUAAAAGUGAUAAGAAAUUGGAAAACUAUGAUAAAUUGCAUUGUACGAAACCGUCUUCUACGGAAUUGUCCUCUGCAGAAUCUUCUCUUACGGAAUCAUUGAAAGCGACUCUGAACGAGUCAAAACAACCUUGCAUAUUAGAUUUUUCGCGUACAAAAAUUAAAAAAAUUGCAAUAAGAUUCGAAGAUAUUCUUAACUAUUCCAUAACUCAGAAUUUAGAAUUUCCAUUUGCUGAGCAUAAACUCAUGACGACUUAUAUGAAGCAAAUCCCUCAAGAGGACAAUUCAGACAACAUGAUCGAAAGCAGUGAAAGCGACCAAAAAUCAAAGGAGUGUCAAAAUAAGAAAAUAGAAAAUCGUCAGAAGUAUCAGAAGAUGUCUACGUAUGAAUUAUUGCAAUGGGCACUUGUAAUCGCUAAAUCAAAAUUAUUAAUAACAUUUAUAAUUUUUUUUACUUCUAUAUUACCAAUGUCAGUAAUGCACGAGAUUAUUAAAAAACUCAGACAUUUCAAACCAAUGUUUAUGAUAAUUUAUGAUAAUUAUGAUAAUUUGUUUAAAGUUCAAAAAGACAAAAAACCUGAAGACAUUCGCAAUACAAAAGUAAAAGUUUGUCGAAAGAUAUAUUCGUCAAAAUAUUUCGUCAAAAUAUUGUUCUUAUUAGUUCCAAUUGUAUCCGUACUUAUAUCUCUAUUUUAUUUCCCUUUUGGACUUGUACGUAAGAAUGAGAAUGAUGAGCAUGCUGACCCUUUUGCGACUGCCAUUGUUGAAGUGGAGGAAGGGAUACUCGAUCACGAUGCAACCGUAAGAGUCUUGACCGAAUAUCUUGAGCGAGAUACACCUCUUUUAAAAGUAAUAGCUCUCAUCGGUGAGACAAGCGUCGACAAACCAUACACGGUGGACAUCAUAAAAAAGAGUUUACGCAAAAGGAGAAAUAAUAGUUUCUCACCUUCGCUUCCGAGCUUUAUUGUCUUGGAGAAUUUGAGAGCAGAGCAUUCUACAGUCGUUAUAGAUUAUGUGGAAACGUAUCAAGAAGCAUAUAGCAAUCAGGAGUUUACCAUAGUGGCCGUUUUUAAAGUUGAACAGAUUGAUGACGAUUUGACGCGUGCAGAUAUUAACCACGUUAUAAACAAAGUUAAAGAUAUUUUUAUCGAAGCAAAUAUUAUUAUGAAAAUUAUUCCCUUCCAACCUUUGAGCGAAGACGCAUUAGAAAAAUACAUCAUAAACACUGCGGAAAAUAUCGGGCAAACAUUGUCUCAAGAUCAAAUCGAUUAUAAUAAACGACGUUUAAUAGAUGAUUUUGCCAACUGUCAAAAAGAAUAUGGUUGCUAUAAAGAUCAUAUAUAACUACUUUCCAGAAGACAAGACUGUUUAAAUUAUUAUAUUGAGUACGACGUAACAAUAUUCGAUUGAACAAUAUACAAACAAUUUUUUUGUAUGCACGCAUUCCUAGUUGUAACAUAUUCCAAUAUUUACAAAUUAUUGAUCAUAUUUUUUGAAUAAAUAUAUUGAAUUGCAUUUUAUAUUGUUAAAUUAUUAUUCUUUUGGCUUUGAUGAAACGAAUAAUUUUGUUUAAUUUUGCAUUAAAAACCAAUUUGAAAAUGAUUUACAGUUAUAAUUCGUUGAUAAUAAAUACAUAACGAAAUUUUUGUAUACAUUACUUGCAUUGUAUUAAAAACAAAUGGUGAUUUUUGUAGAAGAUAAUGUGUAAUUUGUUUAGCGCAUACGUGAAUAGAGCACUGAAUCAGUGUGUUGUUACGAAUGGUUAAACAAAUUCAUAUUAAUUUAAACUGGCAUAAGUAAUAUCUUGUAUUGUUGCUAUAUUUUAUUUUGUAAUCAAUUUAUAUUUCUUAAACGAAUGAUCGCGAUUAUUACGUAUGUAAAAAUCUUUAUAAUCUAGUAAUAUUCAAUUAGAUGUUACUCUACUGUUAUUAUUACUGAUCAAUUUUGUAAUUGAAAAAUUGCUAUUCUUUUAUUAAAACAAUGCAAAUAAAAUAAAUAAUUUAGCGUUAAAGUUUACACAAAAAUAGAAAAUUGUAAAUGUUAUUUUAUUUUUAAAGCUAAUCAUUUAAAUGUUAGAUAUAUGUUGUGAAUGAUAAACGCGAAUAUUAUUUAAAUUAUAUUUUAUAUGAUAAUUGUAAU